AAUAUAAAUAAUAAUUUAUCACAUGAUCAUUCUCACUGCACCCAAAAACAAUUAACUUUGAAAGAAAUGAGUGUUGCUACAGACAGAGGGUAUGUCAACCCAAACUCUCUUAAACUGAAAGAUGUCUACACAGCUCUAAUUAAAGUGACUGAUCAAUGGUUUGAUAUUGGCCUUCAACUUGAUGUUGACUCAAAUGACCUAAAAAGGAUUUGCAAUGAGGGCACCCUCCAAAACAAUAAAGAGAAACUGCGUGAGAUGCUCUUUGUGAGGCUAGCCCAAGGAGAGUUAACAUGGGAUCAAAUUAUAGAGGCUCUAGAAAAUCCUACUAUAAGCCAACAAGUUAUUGCCGAUGAAAUAAGAAGCAAACAUAUCAAACCACAAACUGCAACUACUACACCAGUGACACCGGUAACCAGCACAUCCAACACAGCAACGGACACUCAAACUACAACUAUCACUGCCGCUACCUCGAGCCAACCACCGUCGACUUUGAAGAAACCAACCAUUUCCACAGCUGCGCACGCACUAUCGAUAUUUAAUGUUGGUUUGCCCACAAACAAUGUUGUCUCAAACAUAAAAAGCACUCAAGAAGGAAGCACUCCAAUGGCAAGGAAGAGGCCAGCCAGCAACACUUCACCAAAAAGCAGCAGCAAGCGUCCCAAAACAUCGGAAGCAGAAUUCUACGACGAAGGCAUGUUUGUCAGUAAGAGCAGCUUAAACAAAUAUCAAUGUAUUCAUUGCAAGAAAACACCAAAGAAAUUUUUUCGAUGCAAGUGUGGAAAAGUGGAUAAGCAAGGAACUGGAAGGGGUAGAGCAAAAUAUGAUGACAAUACUGGUCUAUCUUGUAGCAACUGUAAAACCUGUCCUUGUACUAGCUGUGGGAAAAGCGACCAGUACGAACCUGAUACGCGCACCAACGGCAACAUACGCAUGCUAAUGGUGUUCUGUGAAAACGAAUGUGGUGAAAAGAUAACUCUCACUAACCGAGAAAACAGAAGCCAUGUAAGAAACGAGUGCUCAAAGCGAAAGAGGUCAUGUAAAUAUGCGUGGGCAGGUUGCAAAAUCGAGGGAGUUGGAGUAGAGAUAGAACAACAUGAGAAAAAAGUUGGAGUACAUGUCCUAGCUGCUAUUGACAAACUACACAAGGAAAAUCUCGAGCUCAACUCAGAUCUAAGGAAAGAAAACUUGGAUCUAAACAAGCGUAUUAAAAUGAUCGAAGCUAAGUUGAACCCUAGAAGUUCAGGACCACCAACAUGACAGCCUAACUAUGUAUCGUAAUUAUGAUUGAACGCUAUAUUUAUACUUAUAAUUAGAUUUGUUUCGAACACAUUGAUAGCAAUUAGUAUUUCACUGAAUGUACUGAGGAUAAUCAAAUUCACAAAGCACAGAUGAUGCGUAUCUACGGUUACUUUAUGGGAGGGUUCCACAAAUUUAUGGAUGAAUAUAGUCACACACAGUUAGAAGGGCGUGUUUGAAUCAAAGAUGGCUACUAACAAACAAGAGAUUUCGAGUGACGACCUAGCACUAGUUCUAGAGCAGCUGUUCAUAGUGCAAAACAGAUGGUAUAACAUUGGACUCAGUCUCGGAUUGCGUGUGGUUAUUCUAGACAAUAUCCGAAAUGCAAACCAAACAAAUGACGUUUGCCUUCGUGAUAUGCUCAACCAGAGGAUAAACCAAGGAGGCCUGACAUGGGAGAAAAUUGCAAAAGCUUUGGAGCAGGUCAUAGUUGGUAGAAAAGGGGAAGCCCAGCAGGUCAGAGCAAAAUACUGUACUCUUGUUGCUACACAAACAGUCUUAACUAGAGUUGCACCAGAUCACCCCACGGCAACAAUACCCCAACAAAGUGCGUUCGACAACAGCGCUCGUGUCAUUCAUCAACCACCAAUUCCGAGCACUAAAGCGGCGAUUACAACGGCAGGACCUAGCUACCCGACUACUCCAAGAGUUGCAACAGGUAGCUCCAUGGCAACGAUACCACAACACAAUGCUCCUGUCGUUUCAAUUCCAAGCACUAAACUGGCGAUUACAACGGCAGGACCUAGCUACCCAACUACUCUACUGGCAGGCCUUGGGGCAGCAGUCUUAACUACAACAAGAGUUGCAACAGGUAGCUCCACGGCAACGAUACCGCAUCACAAUGUUCCUGUCGUUUCAAUUCCGAGCACUAAACCGGUGAUUUCAACAGCAGGACCUAGCUACCCAACUAAUCCACUGGCAGGCCUCCUCUUUAGGGAAGCCAACAACACUCCACCAGUCAAUACAAAGCCACUGUCGAGUACUAAACCAGUGAAUCCAACAGCAAGACCUAGCAACCCAUCUGGUAGUUAUCCACACAAUUCUGGUACUUCUUCUGCUAUUCUAACUCAUGUACCCCCCAAGAAAACAAUUGGAGUUGGAAAGAGACCAUUAGAGGGCUCAAUUGCUGGACCUCCCCCCAAGCGCCCCAAGAAAACGAAAACAGAGUACUACAAUGAAGACAUGUUCGUCAAUCCAAACACACUGCAAAGAUACCGAUGCACUCGUUGCAAGAAAGUACCGAAGCAAUUCUAUCGAUGUCGGUGCAGAAGUGCAAACAAUGGGAAUGGACUUUCCUGUAGCGACUGUAUUGACAAAGCCUGUUCUGCAUGCAAAAGGACAGAUCAGUACGAGAGAGAGAUAAGGCUACAGACAGCAUAAGGAGCUUGACUGUGUCCUGUGAGAAAAAGUGUGGAGUAAAACUACCGAUGCGUUCACUUGAUCGACAUCUAAGCCAGGAAUGUCCAAAGAGAAGACGGCCGUGCAAGUACAGCUGGCUAGGAUGUACAUUUGUGGGAGACAGAGACACGGAGGAGAUGAGACAACACGAAGAAGACAUCACUGUGCACUUUGCGCUAGCUAUGAAUAUGAUUCAGAGCAAUUUACAGCGCAUAAACACAGUUGAAAAACUGAACAAAACAGCUCCAGAAAAACCUCAGUGACUGAUAGCUAUAUACUGGGUACUAUACUAGUUAAAUUAACAGAAACAAUUAGAGGAGAGUCGAGCACGAUUAAACUACACAUGUGAUUAUAAUGCAGAGUACGUAUUAUUAUACUUAUGAAUAACAAAUUUGUUACAUGAUACAA